GCUAUUCACACAAGGAGUGUUAAGGAAAAAACACAACGGAAUCUCAACUUGUUGGCGGCUAUGGCUUCUCUCUCUCUCAAAGUCUUGCUUCUCUGUCUGACUUGGCCUGCUCUGCCUCACUCCUCUCUCUCUCUCUGAUCAUAGACCGUCACCCUGGAUACACUCACUCAGGUGGACGACUUGGAGGAAGUCAACGAUUACUAUCAAAAUAGAGGCUGUUUCAGCGAGCUGAUUGCACUGAUGGAGAGUGGAUUAGGAUUGGAUCGUGCACACAUGGGCAUAUUUACAGAGCUGGGCAUAUUGUAUGCCCGCUACCGACCUGAGAAGCUGAUGGAGCACUUGAAGUUAUUUGCCGUGCGAGUGAACAUUCCAAAGUUGAUCCGCGUCUGCGAGGAACAGAUGCACUGGCAGGAACUCACCUUCCUGUAUAUUCAAUAUGAUGAGUUUGACAAUGCGGCCAUGACUAUCAUCAACCAUUCGCCAGAUGCAUGGGAUCAUAUGCAGUUUAAAGACGUGGCUGUCAAGGUUGCCAACUUGGAAAUUCAGUACAAGAGUAUCACAUUUUAUCUUGAAGAGCAUCCCGAUCUGCUUAACGAUCUGCUCAAUGUCCUGAAGCGCAGGAUUGACCACAGCCGUGUGGUAGAUAUUUUGCGGAAGGCUAACAGCUUGCCAUUAAUCAAGCCGUACUUGAUCGCAGUGCAGAGCGAUGAUGUCAUUGCUGUAAAUGAGGCAUUGCACGAGUUGUACAUUGAAGAAGAGGACUACGAAAAACUGAGGGAGUCGGUCGAUCACUAUGUAAAUUUUGAACAGAUCGGCCUUGCGCAACAGCUUGAAGAGCAUGAGCUGCUUGAGUUCAGACGUAUUGCAGGUUAUAUCUAUAGGAAGAAUGGGCGAUGGGAGCAAUCAAUUGCUCUUGCAAAGAUGGACAACCUUUACAGCGAUGCAAUGGAUACGGCUGCUGCAUCCGGAUCCCGACAGUUAGCAGAAGAUCUCUUGUACUUCUUUGUGGAACAGGGUAAGAAGGAGUGCUUUGCAGCUUGUCUUUACACAUGCUACGAUCUCAUUCGCUGCGAUGUUGCCAUUGAGUUAUCGUGGGUGAACAAGAUGAUGGAUUGCUCAACACCAUACCUCCUCCAGUAUCUACGAGAGUACACGAUAAAGAUCGAUGAUCUCAUCAAAGACAAGCUUGAUGCCAUCAAAGAGAGGAAGGAACUGGAGGAGCACCAAAAGGAGGCUUUGCAACAGCAGGGCAACACCAACAACAUAACCCAAAUGUAGCUCUCUCUUGUGAAUGGCGCCAGGCGCCCUAUCUACUCUACAGCCUAUCCUACAACUACAGCAAUGAACACAACCAGACAAC